CCCAAUGCAUCUUGGGAAGAAGAAGCUGACGUCGUUCUUUCAUGAAACGCAUACAAGACAAGAGUUGGUCGUCAAUUUAAAAAAUAUCACGUUUAAAACCUUACACAUUGGCAAGACAGCAGCAUCACACUGAUCGUGUGGAAGCAUUCGUGACAAAUGGGAGCAGAUAAGAGGAUAAGUCGCACUGAAAGGAGCGGCAGGUAUGGCUCCGACGCACCCCGUGAUUCUGAUUGGCGUGACAGACGGGAAAAGGAUCAAGAGCGCGAUCGCCGCUGGUCGGAUGAGAGACGAGGAGAUCGCAACGAAGGAGAGCGAGACCGUCGAGGAUCCAGAGACAGUCCAGAGCCAAGAGAACGAAAAAGACGCAACAGCGACAGAUCCGAAGAUGGGUAUCACUCAGAUGGCGACUACCUGGAUCAAGAUUACAGAAGAGAAAGUGGGGAUGAGAAAAGGAGCAAGACUAUCAUGCUAUGGGGUCUUUCGUCACACGUCACAGAGGAAGAUAUAUGUUUCGCCAUUGAUCAGUUGGAGGGUCCCCAGCCUGCCGAUGUCAGACUGAUGAAAAAAAAGACAGGUAUAAGCCGUGGUUUCGCCUUCGUGGACUUUUAUCACUUGCAAGAUGCUACCCGAUGGAUGGAGACCAAUCAGAAACGUCUGGUCAUCCAAGGGAAAAAUGUGGACAUGCACUACAGUCAUCCCAGACACAACUAUGGAGACUGGCUCUGCAAUACUUGUGGCCUGUACAAUUUCCGGAGGCGGCUGAAGUGCUUCAGGUGUUCAGCAGCUAAAGUCGAAUCUGAGACGAAUAGUAAUGCUGACCUCAAUGAUACUCAGCCCGGUGGAGACUUUUGUGGUGACACAAUCAUCCUGAGAAAUAUUGCUCCCCUGAGCUCCGUGGAAGGCAUCAUGACCGUCCUGGCACCAUAUGCUAAUCUCGCUCCCAACAACAUACGCCUAAUCAAGGACAAACAGACAGGCCAGAACCGAGGCUUUGCUUUUGUCCAGCUGUCUUCUCCUCUGGAGGCGUCUCAGCUGCUAACCAUCUUACAAGGACUGCAGCCAGGUCUCAAACUGGAUGGGAAAACAAUUGGGGUGGAUUACGCCAAGAGUGCUAGAAAGGACCUUUUGCUCCCCGAUGGGAAUCGCGUCAGUGCCUUUUCUGUUGCUAGUACAGCUAUUGCUGCGGCCCAGUGGUCCUCAAGUCAGCCCCAGUCGACUGUCGAAGGAGUAUCCGAGUACAGCCUCUUGCACGAAGGCUACACUCCAAUGUCGCAGGCCUACUAUCAAGUUGCAGGAGCCAGCACCUCACAGGACAAUGGAAUUCUUGGAGCUGCCCCUAACAUGAAGCUUGUUCCGCCGACUGCUGCUGGGGUAGUUCUCCCCCCCACCAUGCAAGUCUACCAACCCCAUAUAAUUGGCCAGCCUGCUAUUCAGCCAUUGCAGCUGGCUCAGAAGUUGGAGGCCAAUUCUCAGGCGGCACCUAUCUCUGGUGCUGACGCUGUGGCUGCUGCCACGGCAACCACUGCCGCUGCAGCGACAACCUCGGGACAAACUACAGACACGGCCACCGUUGUUCCGGACACAUCCACUUAUCAGUAUGAUGAAUCAUCCGGCUAUUAUUUUGACCCCCAAAGUGGCCUGUACUAUGACCCAAACACGCAUUAUUAUUACAACUCUCAGACUCAGCAGUAUCUUUAUUGGGAUGGUGAGAAGCAGACAUAUGUCCCCAUCUCAGUUGAUGCAAACGCUACAGCGGGUCCCACAGCAGCCAAUGCUAAAGAACCCCGUGAAGGAAAAGAGAAGAAGGAAAAGCCAAAGAGCAAAACUGCUCAGCAGAUUGCUAAAGAUAUGGAACGCUGGGCCAAAAGUCUUAAUAAGCAGAAGGAGAACUUCAAGAGCAGCUUCCAGCCAAUCAGUCAAGAGGAAAGGAAGGAGGCAGCCGCUGCUGAUGCUGGCUUCAUACUUUUUGAAAAAAAGCAAGCCGGAGUGCUAGACAGACUCGUAACAGAGGUGACAGAUAUUCCUGAUGAGGAAGCGGCCACCAGCUCCUCCAAGUGUGGCCUCGUGGCGGCCUAUAGUGGAGACAGUGACCCCGAGGAGGCAGCUGACGGCGGAGAGGGAGGCCAGGACAAGCUGACCGACUGGAAGAAGCUCGCCUGCUUGUUAUGCAGGAGGCAGUUUCCCAACAAAGAAGGGCUAUUAAGACAUCAGCAGCUGUCCGACCUCCACAAGAAAAACCUGGAAGUUUUGCGGCGAUCCCAAAUGAGUGAAGCUGAGCUGGAGGAGUUGGAGAGAAGAGAAACCGAGUUGAAAUACAGAGACAGAGCAGCCGAGAGACGAGAAAAAUACGGUAUACCUGAGCCCCCUGUCGCCAAAAAGAAGAAAUACAGCCAGCCAACACCAGCUGUUAACUACGAGCAACCCACCAAAGAUGGCCUAAACAGUGACAACAUCGGCAAUAAAAUGUUGCAAGCUAUGGGCUGGAAGGAGGGUAAAGGGCUCGGGCGCAACCAGCAGGGCAUCACUGCACCUAUUCAGGCCCAACUGAGAACAAAAGGAGCUGGUCUCGGUACUAAAGGCAGCAACUACACCCUCUCGGCAUCUGACACGUACAAAGAUGCAGUCCGCAAAGCCAUGUUUGCUCGCUUUACUGAAUUGGAGUGAGCAAGAUGAACUGUGAAGUGCUAUGGCACAUUCCUCCUGUGUGUGUUAAUUAUUUUGCCUCGAACCACAGUGGCUGAACACUCCAAUUGAAGAAUCUCACAUGGAGGUAUAUGAAAAUAAGUAAAUAUAAUUUAUAUGUUGUACAUAUGCACAAAGUAACCAUUUCUGUUUUACAUAGUGUUCUUUUUUUGUGGUGUUAAUAGGAUAUUCCUUAGUACAUCAGAGAUUGUACAGUUUAUACAAAAAGGCUUGUAUGUUUACAGCAAAUAAACUACACC